UUCCUCCCUCCCUCCCCCACCCCGGGCCCGCUCCCCACCUCGCCCCGGCUAGCUGUGCGAUGGAGCUGCCCCAACCGGAGCCCGCGCCGGACCCGGCUCUCAGUCCGGCGGGAGUGCGGGGUGGUACCGAGCGUCCCAGCCACCUCCUGGGCCUCCAGCUGGGAGCUCAUGGCCUCGUGGGGUCCCCGGAGCGCGCGGCUGCUUCCUCGCCGGUCACCAGCCUGACCCAGACCAUGCACAACCUCGCGGGGCUCGGCAGUGAGACUCCAAAGAGUCAGGCAGGCAGCCUGCUCUCAUGCCUGUCCCUGUCCCGGCGGCGGGCAUCUGAAUCCUCCCUGUCCUCCCAGUCCUCUGAAUCUUCUGAUGCAGGCCUCUGUAUGGAUUCUCCCAGCCCCAUGGACCCCAAGAUGGCAGAGCGGACGUUUGAGCAGGCCAUCCAGGCAGCAAGCCGGGUCAUCCGAAACGAGCAGUUUGCCAUUCGACGUUUCCAGUCCCUGCCGGUGAGGCUUCUGGGCCACAGCCCUGUGCUGCGGAACAUCACCAACUCCCAAGCACCUGGCCGCUGGAGGAAGAGGGAGAUGUGUGGCCAAGCUGCCCGAAGCUCUGAGGAGGACAAAGAGAAUGAUGGAUUUGUCUUCAAGAUGCCAUGGGAACCCCCACAUCCCAGUCAUGCCCAUGCUUUGGCAGAGUGGGCCGACCGCAGGGAAGCCUUUGCCCAGAGACCAAACUCAGCCCCUGACCUGAUGUGUCUCACCCCCGAGCAGAAGAUGGAAGUAGAGGAGCUGAGUCCCCCUGCCCGAGGCCGAUUCUCCCUGACUGCCACCGAGGGGGCCUCCGAGGAAGAUGAUGGAUUUGUGGACCUCCUGGAGAGCGACUUAAAGGAUGACAAGACGGUACCCCCAGGCAUGGAGAGCCUCAUUAGCGCCCCACUGGUCAAGACCUCAGAAAAGGAGGAGGAGCAGGACCUCAUCAUGUACAGCAAAUGCCAGCGGCUCUUCCGCUCUCCGUCCAUGCCCUGCAGCGUGAUCCGACCCAUCCUCAAGAGGCUGGAGCGGCCGCACGACAGGGACCUGCCCACACAGAACAAGCGCAGGAGGAGUGUGACCCCUCCAGAGGAGCAGCAGGAGGCCGAGGAACCUAAAGCCCGUGUCCUCCGCUCCAAGUCCUUGUGUCACGAUGAGAUUGAGACUAUCCUGGACAGUGACCACCGGGAACUGAUUGGGGAUUACUCCAAGGCUUUCCUUCUGCAGACUGUGGAUGGAAAGCACCAAGAUCUCAAGUACAUCUCACCAGAAACGAUGGCAGCCUUGCUGGUGGGCAAGUUCAGCAACAUCGUGGAGAGGUUUGUGAUUGUGGACUGCAGGUACCCCUACGAGUACGAAGGCGGGCACAUCAAGACUGCCGUGAACCUGCCCCUGGAACGGGACGCUGAGACCUUCCUGCUACAGAGCCCCAUCACACCCUGUAAUCUGGACAAGAGAAUCAUCCUCAUUUUCCACUGUGAAUUCUCAUCUGAGCGCGGUCCCCGCAUGUGCCGGUUCAUCAGAGAGCGCGACAGAGCUGCCAACGACUACCCCAGCCUCUACUAUCCUGAGAUGUAUAUCCUCAAGGGCGGCUAUAAGGAGUUCUUCCCCCAACACCCGACCUUCUGUGAGCCCCAGGACUACCGGCCCAUGAACCACGAAGCCUUCAGGGAUGAGCUGAAGACUUUCCGCCUCAAGACCCGAAGCUGGGCUGGAGAGCGGAGCCGGCGGGAGCUCUGCAGCCGCCUGCAGGAUCAGUGAAGGGCUGGUGCCAGUCCUGCCUGCCUCCUUUGCCUUGCUUCCUGGGUGCCAGCCUCUCAGGGGCCUGUGGGGCUGAGGGUCUGCUCGAGGCCCCAACUGCCAUCCAGGGGAAAGACAGUGAGGGUGUCCUGUCCAUCCGCACCCAGCCCCGAUCCCCAUGUCUUGCUGCAAUCAUAUUCCACAUCCUUGUGCCACCUCUACGCCAGCCCAGCCCCGGGGAGAGCCCAGCCUGUUGACUUGGUGAAACUGGAUUAAGUCCAGCUCAAAGGAAGUAUUUUGUGUCCAGCAGAAACGUUUUUGCUUUUUCUCCUUCCUUGUCUGAGUUAACCCUUUGUCUUCUUGUGUCCAGAAAAAAGCCCCCUCUUUCCCAGGGGCUCUGUUUGUAUGUGUCUAGGAGAAAGCCACACCUUGCCCACCCCCCCCGCACCCCGGGAUGGGCCAAAGCAGAACCCCUCCCUGCCCGGGGCGCUGGCACUCCUGGAUGUGUCUGCCAUGAUCCCUUUCUCUUCCUCUUUCCCAUCCUUCCACGUGAACACCUCUAGCACAAACAGAAGCUCUUACUCUUUCCUGUUUCAGUGUUACCUGCGUGCUUGACUCCAUCUGAUUUGGUGCCCAUCUCAGGAGAUGCAUGGGCUGAGAUCUCGGCUCCUCUCUCCACUUGGGGUUAGAGACUCCAACCAUUAAUUAGCCACUCGGCCCUGGUUUCUGUUGCCUCAGAAAGGGAUGACCUCCUUGGGGGGCCGUUGGGCAAGGGCUAAGGUCUGCAGCCCAGCCCCCACUGCUGUGAACCCCGGGGUCCGAUUGGUCAGAACUUGCUGCUCUCUUGUUGUGCAUGGACAGAUGGAUGAAUGGAUGGAUGGCAGAUGGAUGGAGAGCCACAGUUGCCCAAUGUCCAGCACACACAAAUGGCUGAGUGGAAGCAUUUCAGUGAGCGUGACUGCCUGCGGCAAGAACAGAUGUGUGUCUGUCUGUGUGGACAAAAUCUUUACAUGUUAAGCUUUGGAGUUACUCAAGACAAAAUGUUGUGGAAGUGGCAAAGCCAAGGACAGAGCCACGUCUGGAUUCUGAAUCUCAGGACGUGUGGAGGGCUGUGUUUGAAGAAGGCCCUGUUGACUCCUCUGUCCGGGCCUUGGGUCAAUAAAGCACUGAGCAAGUGGAGUAACCUGCA